UCCGUGCGGCGCUAUAGAACGCGCGCAAGUGUCACUCGUGCGGGGAAAAAGAGUAACGAUUUAGUAAUCGUUGGAAGCGCUCACAGAGCUCACGGAUAUACGAUCGCUAGUUCAUAGCUUGAUCAUUCUUCCAUUGUCGUAUGUGACACCGCGAUUUUUACACGCGAUCGAGAGUGUGCGAGGGCAGGCAGGCAGGAGCAUCGGCUCCGUUCGGCCCACACAUACACAUACGAGUCCCGCUGUGACUCGUAUGUCGUGCGAGAGCAAAAAUUGUUUUUUGUAUCUUCGAGGCACAUAAGCCGUACCUGCGAUUCACGUGCUCUGCAACUGGCAGGCACGUGCGCAAUAAAGAGAAGAAGAACACGCCUAGGUUAAUUUAGAAACCUACCCUCCACUUGUAAUCGGCGAGAGAGCAAGAAGAUACAAAAAUCCUAAAAGCCGAGCCCAGUGUGAGGCGCCCUCUGCACAACCGUGCACAUGAACUACGUUGCCAAUGUCCACACCUCUUUUCUGAUUUCCCCCACCACGCACGCACUCAUAGCCGACUCAGAGUAUCCAUGUGGACCACAGACUUCUAUAUAACAACUAGACUGCUAACUUCUUAUAUUUUGACUUUACAUUUCUGUCCCCCAAAAGUAUGUGCUAAAAGUGCGUUGCUGCGCGUGCGCCAAAUAAGCGCACAAGGAAUGUUGUUUACAUUGUGAGCAUAUGGCCGCAUAGUGUGUAGUGUGUAGUGUAGUGUAAGAAUUUGGGAAAAUAUAAAAGAAGUCAACAUGCCGCACAAGUGUAUCAUAGAUGAAUGUCAAAAUGUACAAAGAAAAAACUGUGGAAUUUCUUUCUUUAAUUUUAUUAGAUAAAUGGACUACAGCUAUUAAAAAUAAAAUACACUGCCCUAUAACUACAAGUAGUAUAAUUUGGGAGCGACAUUUUAAAAAAGAAUUUCUUUCUGGACGAGAAAGAAAAAGAUUAAAAAUAAAUGCAAUUCCAACAGAAUUUUUAAUGCUACAAACAGACCCAUUGAAAGAAUUAAAUAAUCUAAUAAAUUUAUAUGGACAUGUUAAUACUGACAGCAGAGAAGUAAUUGUCGCAAUAGCUGCAGGUUCUACCAUGUGUAGCAUGGAUGAAAAUAUUGCACCUGAUCUUACUGACAGCAGAGAAGUAAUUGUUGCAACAGCUGCAGGUUCUACCAUGUGUAGCAUGGAUGAAAAUAUUGCACUUGAUCUUACUGACAGCAGAGAAGUAACUGUCGCAACAGCUGUAGGUCCUACCAUUUGUAGCAUGGAUGAAAAUAUUGUACCUGAUCUUACAGAAGCAGAAAGAACUGUUGGGAAAGAUGCAAAUUUUAACAUGGAUGUACAUAUUGUAUCUGAUCCUGCAGAAGAUAAGCCACAUAAUUUAUUAUUACAAAUUGAAACUCUAAAAGCAGAAAAUGAAUGUUUGACAGCUCUGAUGGAAUCGUUGAAAAACGAUCGUAAGAAACAAUUGGAAAAUGUAGCAGAUACUUAUCAGCGGUUGUUACAAGAGCAAAAAAAGUUAAUGAAAAAUAAAUUAACAUCUGCUUUAAAUAAAGUCAAUUUAAAUUAAAUAAAGUCAAAUUAUUAAAUCGGCAAAGGAAAAGAUCAAAUGUUAAAAUAGCCAAUCUGCUAAAAGAAGCCAAGAACAAAAAAAUAUUACAUGAGGAAUCAUUUGAUAUUUUAAGUAGUCAGUUUCAAACUACAUUCAAACAUAUUAUAAACAACGAAAAAUUGAACAGAAACAAGGCCUCUCGUGGCAGGCGUUACAACGAAGAGGUAAAACAGUUCGCACUUACGCUUUAUUACCAUUCUCUUAAAGUUUAUAACUUCUGUAGGUAUGUUUGCACGUCUCUUCCUUUUUUUCAUUUGCAUUUUAUGCCUCUUCUAGUAAAAGGUAAGUAUUUUUUCAUAUCUCGUAUAUUACAACUAACAAGUAUGUUACAUGUUACAUUGUGUUUGCUGAGUUAUAAUUGUGAUAACUUGGAGCGCUGCAAUUUCAUCACAAAAAAUGCAUGAAAACCAUUUUACAUAAGCAAGUAUACAUAAUCAAUACUUAGAUAAUUAUGCAUUUAAUUGUAACAAGUUGGGUUAUCUUCUUUAUCUUCUUUAACUCCACACAGUGCAAAAUCUCUAAAGGAUGUCUACAGAUUGUUCUGCGGUUGAUCGUUAGGAUGUCAGCAGAACAUACUUUAGAACGUUUUGUGGAGAUUUAUGUUCUUUGGAAUAAGUUAGCCUUUUUCCUUACUAAUUAUUUUAUAAUUCACUUAUUAAAUACUAUUUACUGGAAUAUUUCUUAAAUAAGGAAUAUUUCUUUAAUAAAACACUUUUUCUUAACAUUUUAUAUGCAAGCAAUAUUGUAAUUUACUAUUGCAUUAA